AGUCCCAUCUGGGGUGAUUUACAGCAGAGUGGCGCAGCGGAAGCGUGCUGGGCCCAUAACCCAGAGGUCGAUGGAUCGAAACCAUCCUCUGCUAAUUUCUUUCUAACAGUUCAUACAAACAAAUCUAUCAACACUUCCAAGUAGAUAAGGGCAACUUCAAACUAGCAUUGCUGCUGCCAACAAUUACAAACAAAUGAUGUGCACUCUUCCAAUGUGGCUCGGGGCAUGCCAACAUUACUUGUUUGUUCAGCAGAAACACAUUAGGCCCCAACAUGUUCACCACAGGACAUGUGGAAGCCAGGGAGCCAAGCAGUGCUGGAGCUAUGGAUGAGUGAGGACCCUGUUGGCCAAACAGCUGAAGACAAAUUAAUUUCUAUUCUUUCUGAUCCCUUUUUGUAGAUGGUUUCCUUGUGAGGCAAAAAUCAACUCCCUGUUGCUGCCCCCAUCACAAUGUGGUAUUAAAAAAGUACUUUUGGACAUGGUCAGGAAUGACGGGUAGCCCUAAAAUCUUAAGUGUGGAGUGUGCCUGUACAUAUCUUUAUUUUUUGGGGGAAAUAAUCCACUCACUUAAAAUUUCAGAAUAGAUGGUGAAUGCAAAACAAUUUCAAGCAGGGUGGAAGUCGUUUGUGUGCUGACAUCUUUAUGACCCAUAAGCUAGGGUAGCAUCUUUGUGCUCAGGCAAGACCACAAUAGUUGUCUGUUUUUUCCACAAUAGCCUCACAGGCAGUUGGUGUGUAUUUUGAACUCAGCCAUUUAGCUCCCUGCAUUGUUGCUCCAUAGUUUAGCUCACUGAGUGUGGACAAAACAGGUCCCUCUGUAGGCUGUGAAGCCCCAGUGGCCUAAUGGAUAAGGCACUGGCCUCCUAAGCUAGGGAUUGUGGGUUCGAGUCCCAUCUGGGGUGAUUUACAGCAGAGUGGCGCAGCGGAAGCGUGCUGGGCCCAUAACCCAGAGGUCGAUGGAUCGAAACCAUCCUCUGCUAAUUUCUUUCUAACAGUACAUGCCACAGUUCACACAAACAAAUCUAUCAACACUUCCAAGUAGAUAAGGGCAACUUCAAACUAGCAUCGCUGCUGCCAACAAUCACAAACAAAUGAUGUGCACUCUUCCAAUGUGCCUUGGGGGAUGCCAACAUUACUUGAUUGUUCAGCAGAAACACAUUAGGCCCCAACAUGUUCACCACAGGACAUGUGGAAUCCAGGGAGCCAAGCAGUGCUGGACCUCUGGAUGAGUGAG